ACGCAUCAGACACAACAGAGAUAAGACUGCGAAUUCAGCUUUGAGUUGAACUUUUUUAUAUAACACUUUUAUUCAAAGCGUUUUGCGGCAUCUAAUUUGAAAAUCUUCUACCAUAUUGGAUACAAUGAAGUACAUCAUUGGAAUAGGAGGUGUGACUAAUGGUGGUAAAACCACCCUGACGAACAGGUUGAUAAAAGCCUUACCAAACUGCUGUGUGGUUCAUCAAGACGACUUUUUUAAGCCGCCGGAUCAGAUAGCAGUCGGAACGGACGGCUUUAAACAGUGGGAUGUGAUCGACGCUUUGGAUAUGGAGGCAAUGGUGAACACCAUCAAGGGUUGGCUGGAAAACCCAGUCAAAUUCGCUCGCUCCCACGGCAUCCAGGUGACCCCUGCCACAGAAAUGGAGGAUCCCGAAAGCCAAGUGCACAUACUCAUCGUAGAAGGAUUUCUGCUGUACAACUACAAGCCUAUGCUUGACGUCUUUGACAAAUCUUACUACAUCACCAUCCCAUAUGAGGAGUGCAAAAAAAGGAGAAGUACUAGGCAAUACACCGUUCCAGACCCUCCCGGUCUCUUUGACGGUCACGUGUGGCCCAUGUACCUGAAACACCGAUUCGCCAUGGAGAACUGCGGUUUGCCAAUUGAAUACUUGGAUGGCUUGAAAACGAAAGAUGAAAUGUACAACCAGGUUUACGAAGACAUUCACAACACACUCCUGAAUCGUUUAUAGCAGGAGGAGGCUGCCGCCCACUGACUGUACAUUAUUGUAAAUACUAAUGUUACUUAAGGCCUUUUUGUUUUUUUAAACAUGGAAUUUUUUGUAAAUAUUUUGACUUGAAUGUAACUUAAAUUCUUGUUUCGCAUUAUUUUGUGGACAGUGUCCAUAUUUUAAGUUUUUAUUUUUAAAUUGUUUUGCCUUUCAAAGCACUCUGUUUAAAGACUUUGUUCUGGAAAUAAGUCUGUUUACUACACCGCAUAUGAAUUUUGAAUAUGAAAUGUUUUCAACAUGCUUGUACCAAUAAACAUUGUGUUUUGACUUUA